UCAGCAUCAAUAUAUCAAGAUCACCCAAAAAUGUAUCUUAAGAUUUUGUCCUUGCUGUGUAGUGUAAGUUCAAAUCUUUUACUAUAUCAUAUCAAUAUUUAUAAGCAAUUAAACGUAUGAAUGCAACAAGCUUAUAAACUCUGAGGUUGAUUAGCUUUAUACGCAGUUCAAAGUUAAGCACGACAGCAGAAUGUUAGGACCCCACACAAAGCUCCGACAAUUGUUAAGAACAACAAGAAUACAGCAGCGGCGACAAAUAUGUGUUUCAACGGAACUAAGGACUAAAUAUACGAAGUGGGAGCAGGCUCGACCAUUCGAACAAAUUCCAAAAGUGGGACUAUUGAACUUUGUAUUCUAUAUGCUCCCCGGUGGCAGAUAUGCGAAAAUGGAGUUUCCAGACAUGAUGUUGGAUUUACAUCGCCGACAUGGACCACUCUACAGAUUGCCAGGCAUUAUGGGCAAGGCGGAGUAUCUUGUGUGCAGUGAUCCAGCUCAUUUCGAGCGAGUUUAUCGGUCUGAGGGAUCCUCUCCGGAAAGACAGGCCAAGUCAAUAUUAGACUAUCACCGAAACAAGCACCAAUCGGAUUUUUAUCAAGGCGUCGAAGGACUUGUUUCCACCACGGGACAAACUUGGUCAAAAUUUCGCUACACUGUCAAUCCCAUUCUGAUGCAGCCCAAAACUAUUAGAUUAUAUUAUCGAGAGAUGGCAAAUGUGCAUAAGGAAUUUAUUGAGCGCAUUCGUGAGAUACGCGAUAGCAACACCUUUGAAGUGCCUCAUGAUUUUGAAGACGAAAUCAACCGCUUGACUCUGGAGUGUGUUUCAGUGAUUGCCUUGGAUAAACAGUUGGGACUUUUUAAAGACAAUCGCAAUGAUCCGCGAGCAAAGAAACUCUUGGAUAGUCUCGUUGAAGUGUUCGCUCUUGGUUCUGAGAUUGAACUUAAGCCUUCCCCUUGGCGUUAUAUAUCCACGCCAUUAUUCAAGAGAGCUAUGCGGGUUUUGGACACUAUUCAGGAACUAACUGUUGGCUAUGUAAAUGAAGCUGUGGAGCGCUUAGAACGCGAAUCAUCCAAUAAACCUGAACAUAAGAUGAGUGUACUGGAAAAGCUACUAAAGAUUGAUAGGAAGAUUGCUACUGUCAUGGCCAUGGACAUGAUGUUGGUGGGAGUGGAUACGACUGCUAGCACAUUUGCAGCUUGUUUGUUGUGCCUUGCACAAAAUCCGGAACAGCAAGCAAAACUAAGAGAGGAAGUGCUUCGUUUACUACCUGAAAAGCAAUCUAAUUUCACAGAAGACUCCAUGAAGAAUAUGCCAUAUUUGCGAGCCUGCAUCAAGGAAGCACUUCGUCAUUAUCCUUUAUUAUCAGCCAACAGUCGUAUUAUCAAAUCGAACAUUGUACUUAAUGGUUAUCAAAUACCCAAAGAUACUGCAAUUAUAAUGCUAUCCCAUGGACUUACGAUGAGUGACGAAAACUAUCCCAGAAGCAAGGAAUUUCUUCCGGAGCGUUGGUUACGAUCGAACAAUCAAAAAGUUGCGGGUGGCAAAUGUCCAAAUUCGAUGAGAGCAAGUAAUCCAUUUAUCUAUCUUCCAUUUGGGUAUGGACCUCGCAUGUGUAUCGGUAGACGGAUUGUCGAGAUGGAACUGGAGUUGGGCAUUGCUCGGCUUGUUCGUAAUUUUUAUAUCGAGUUUAAUCACCCAGCGGAGAAACCAUUUAAAAGUUUGAUUAUAAAUGUACCAAACAUUCCGUUGAAAUUUAAGUUUGCAGAUGUGGAAUACGCUCAGUUCCAAAUUAGACACAACAGCACUAUGUUUGGUCGGCAAGCUAAACUUCGACAAUUGUUACAAAUUUUACCACUGCAACAGUGUCAACAAAUAUGUGUUGCAAGUACAGCGAGUGCAGGGAAAAUUGAAGCGGCAUCGGAAUGUCAACGACCAAGACCAUAUAAUACGAUACCCAAAGUGAGUAAGGCGCAGUUCCUGCUUUAUAUGCUGCCAGGUGGAAGAUACUAUAAGAAGGAGUUCCCCUACGUCAUGUUGGAUCUGCACAAGCGUCUUGGUACGCUCUACAGAGUGCCGGGCAUUUUAGGCAAAGAAGAGUAUCUCCUUACAAAUGAUCCGGCUCAUUUCGAGCAAAUCGUACGAGUUGAAGGACCUUGGCCACAGCGACAGGGUAAAUCUAUAAUGGACUUUCAUCGCAGCCAAUAUCGCAAGGACUUUUAUCAGGGCAUUGAGGGCAUCUUAUCCACAGAUGGUGAAAUGUGGGCCAAAUUUCGCUUCACAGUCAAUCCCGUCAUGCUGCAACCGAAAAUUGUGCGACUUUAUUACCAAAAGUUGUCGAACGUCAACAAGGAAUUCAUUCAGCGAAUUCGUGAAAUCAGAGAUCGCCACACCUUAGAGGUACCCGAGAAUUUUGAGGAGGAAAUCAAUCGAUGGACCUUGGAAUCUGUUUCAGUAGUGGCUCUGGAUAAACAGUUGGGACUGAUAAAUAAGAAUCGCAAUGAUCCUCAACUAAGGAAACUGUUUGAUAGCAUCAAUCAAUAUUUUGCCUUGGCAGCUAAAAUUGAACUAAGACCAUCUUUCUGGCGAUUCUUACCAUCGCCGCAAUUUAAGCGGGCUAUGCAAGCCUUGGACAACAUCCAGGAAGUGAGUGGGAACUUUGUCAACGAAGCUCUCGAGCGUUUGAAGCACGAACCUACAGAAAAGCCAGAGCACGAAAAGAGUGUGUUGGAGAAACUGUUGAAAAUCGACAAGAAGAUUGCCACUGUGAUGGCCAUGGACAUGAUCAUGGCUGGCGUGGAUACGACAACAAGCGCUGUUACCGGCUGUCUCUUAUCCAUAGCCAAAAAUCCCGAAAAGCAGGCAAAACUACGCGAAGAAGUGCUCCGCAUUCUGCCCAAUAAGGACUCGGAUUUCACAGAAGCCUCCUUAAAUAAUAUGCCAUAUUUGCGGGCCUGCAUCAAGGAGUCACUGCGUUUUUUUCCCUUGAUUCCCGGCAACAGCCGUGUCAUCAAAUCAGAUAUAGUGUUAAAUGGUUAUCAGAUACCAAAAGAAACAGCUGUUAUAAUGACGUCCCAAGGCCUACAUAUGGAUGACCAGUACUUUCCCAGGAGCAAAGAGUUUCUUCCAGAGCGUUGGCUUCGCCAGACAAAAGAGCAAAGCACUGAGAGCAAGUGUCCAAAUGCUCUUAAACCAAGCAAUCCUUUUAUCUAUUUGCCCUUUGGCUUUGGGCCACGCAUGUGCAUUGGCAAAAGAAUUGUCGAAAUGGAAUUGGAGCUGGGUAUUGCGCGACUUAUUCGAAAUUUUUAUAUUGAGUUUAAUCACUCGACGGAGAAAGCUUUCAAAAGUCAGCUUAUAAGUGUGCCAAACAUUCCCCUUCAAUUCAAAUUUAUGGAUGUGGAAUACUAA